GGGAUGUAGUGGUGCUGGAGCAGAACAUUCCCGGUGCCCUCCGGCGACAGCCGCCCGGGAGCUUCCCCUUGUCUCGGUUACCAGGAGACAGUAGCAUUCCAUGGGCACAUUCCGCAGCUUCCGGGCCUGCUGGGAAGGCCCCGCACCUGCACCUCCAGCCAUGGCGUAGGGCCGUCCCUCGGGCUGUUCCCGGCGCCAGGGGGCCAUUCCCAGAGCCAGGAUGCCGUCCCUGCCGCAGGACUCGCCUGCCGGGGGAUUGGGGACGGGGUUCCCCGUGGUGAGGGGCCCACCCUCCGAGCUCAUAGGCUUUUAUAUCACCACCUACGAGGCGGCCUUUGGGAAGAGGCCCACGGGGUCACCCCAAAAGAUCGAGGGGUGGCGCGUUUUGGGGUUUGAGCCCCCCUGUGAAAGGAGCAUACACCCCCUCCUCGGUGUCCACACUGGCUCAGGAUACGUCACCAACAACUACUCGGCGCUCUGGUCCCUGAUCACCCCGCACGUGGAGCGGCAGGACACCGAUGUGUCCACCACCUUCGAGGACUUCAAGGUCUUUGGGCGUCCGGAUUACCAAAGGAUCUUGCCCCAGUGCGUGGAUGAGCCGGAGUGUCGGUAUCCCACUGGCUUCUCCUUUUCCCGCCUCCGUUUCGGGGAGGUGAGACCUCCAAAAUCAUCCAGAGAAAACAGCACCUGGAGUCACUGCGCCAGUCCUACCCAGCCAGAUGUCCCACAGAAGGCAACGGAGCUGUUGGGCUUCACCGGGACCGCCCCAAGGAGUGACCUCACCCUGCCAGAGCAGCCUCAUGACGUUGGUGAUGCUUGGAUGGAUUCAUUUCCCGCCAUGUGCAGCAGCACUUACCAGCCUGCCAUGGGUUACCCCGCCCCCUUCGCCCCGCCGGAGCUCCAAGUGGGACCCAAGGGAGUCACUACCAGGAAGGAGCCGUUGACAUACAGCACUAUCCAGAACCAGUACCUGAUCAACCUCUCACAACUGGCCCCCAUAGCACCAGGUGAGUUUGGGGAGGGUUGCAGCCCCCAGGAGGAGUGGACACCCCCCUCACCAACCCCUCCUGGAUUUUCCAGGCUGGUGGGCGCAGACUCCGAUCAUCUGGGCACCGAGAUCCGUGGAGGGCAUCCAGAUCCCAAGUCCCAGUGGCUUCAGCACCAACAACCGCCCCACCAACCUGUGGCACAUCAGUGACCCCCUGACCUGACCCCCCCAAAAAAAGUGCUGCCACAUCCCGGGAGUCCCAUCCUUGGCUUUUCCCAAAUCCCUGUGGGAGGAAUAAAGACCCUGCGUGAUGCCAUUGGAUAACCGCCUCAUUUUGG